AUGGAGAGUGGAAAUUCUUUUGAGCAAGUUGCACCAAGCUUUGCAUCUACAUCUUCAUCUUCAUCUUAUCCAUCGCUUCAAUGUGACAUUUUUAUUAACCAUCAUGGAGUCGAUGUGAAACACAACCUUGCCAGGACAAUUUAUCAUACUCUUGGCCUCCUGGGAUUACUCGCAUUUCUCGAUGUAGAAGUGCUUGAGGCUGGCGAUCUCAUACCAGUGGAGAUACAAGCAGCAAUAGCUCAUGCAUCUCUUCAUAUCGUCAUUUUUUGUCCUAACUAUACCCAAUCCCCCUGGUGUUUGGCUGAGCUUUCCUUCAUGCUCAAAACUGGCACCAAAAUCAUUCCCAUCUUUUAUUAUGUUGAUCCCUCUGACCUCAGAUGGGUUGCUCAAGGGAAAGGAAUCUACACAGAUGCAUUCUCACAGCAUGAAAAGAAGGGUAGAUAG